GUCGCAGAACAGAGGUUGUCAAACACGCCGAUUGCAUAAAAAUGGCGUCUACGGAAAACAACGUUUUGGAAAAUGAAAAUCCUGGACGUCGCACUCGUUCGGGAAGACGUACAUCAACAACACAACCUAUGGCUUCACCUGCCAGAGCUACCAGGCGUUCAAAGAAAGCUCAACAGGAACACCAAGAGCUGAUUGAACAGCCCGAAGAAGGAUUAGAAGAAGAACAAGAACAGCCAAGUUUUAUAGAGGAAAUGAUGGCGGAAGCAGCACAAGGAGUCGUUUUAAUGGACAGCGAACAAGAGCAAAGCGAUCUACACAUACAGCAGACAGUAACCGUAGCAGAGGAGGAUGUAGAUGAUAUUUCUGGAGAAGAUAAUGCAAAUGUAAUUUCUGAGGCAAAUUUGGACGAUAAAUCGUCAUCUUUUCCAUUUGGACCUGAAGGAGGUCAUUCGGAAACUUCAGAAGAUGUGGGUGACCAUCAGGAUAUUGAGAAGAAUAUAAUUGAAGAAAAUCAACAAAAUGCACAAGAAAACUCGUUGCUGGCCUCUCUAGCUGGCGAUAAUGCCAACAGUUUACCCUCUGUGGGUGGAGGAGAUUCCGAAAAGGAAAACUUUGAAGCUAAAGUCCUUAAUCAUGAUGAUAUUGUAGAUAAUUGCGAAAAGAUGGACUCUGAAGAUUCACUCUCCGAACCGGCCAUAGUCAGUGACAUUCCCAUUUCAGGCGGUGAUAUAAGUGAUGCCACAAUACAAAACACAGAAAUUAUAUCCGAAGAUGAGUUGCCACUUCCAACAAAACCAGAAAUAAAUGAUGCAGAGGAAGUUUCCGAUGAAGAAUUGCCGGCACCACAACGGGCCGAGUUGCCACCAGAUGCCGAGGUUAUUUCCGAAGAUGAACUUCCCACAGGGGCUGAUAAACGCAGCCCAUCGCCAUCCCGCACCACUGAAACAUCAAGGAAAAAACGCAAAGCAGAUGAUGAAGCCGAAACGGCUAAGGAUGUUGUUGAUUCGGAUCAAAUCAAAAAGGAUGAACAAUACAAUCCCAUGAGCCCAACUAGUGAGAGUAACGAUUCAACAGCACCCAUGGAAAAGAAGGCAAAAAUAGAAGAAUCAGAACCUAAAGACAAAGAGAAACGUAAAGAAAAGGAAAGGGAAAAGGAUAAAGAGAGCCACAAUUCCACCUCCAGUAAAGACAAAGAAAAAGAAAAGGAGCGUGAAAAGGAAAAAGAGAAGGAACGCAAAAAGUUGCCCGACCUUGAUAAAUAUUGGCGUGCUGUCAAAACAGAUCCUGCUGAUUUUACCGGUUGGACAUAUCUGCUACAAUAUGUAGACAAUGAGUCUGAUGCUGAAGCUGCCCGAGAAGCAUACAAUGCUUUUUUGGCUCAUUAUCCCUAUUGUUACGGCUACUGGCGUAAAUAUGCCGAUUACGAAAAGCGUAAGGGUAUUAAGGCGAACUGCAACGCGGUUUUCGAGCGUGGUUUGGAAUCUAUACCUUUAUCGGUGGAUUUGUGGAUACAUUAUCUGUCGCAUGUUAAGACCACUCAACCAGAUGACGAAGACUUCAUUCGAUCACAAUUUGAGCGUGCUGUGAAUGCCUGUGGCCUUGAAUUUCGUUCGGACAAGCUAUGGGAUGCAUAUUUGAAGUGGGAAAAUGAAGGCAAACGUUAUACAAAUAUGGUCAAUAUCUAUGAUCGACUCCUGGCUAUACCGACACAAGGAUAUAGUGGUCAUUUUGAUAAUUUCCAAGAUUUAAUAAACCAACACUCCAUUACCAGUACAAUCAAAUCGGAUGAAAUUAUCAAAAUUCGUACAGAGUUACGGGAAUCAUCUUCAAAGUCUUCGUCAAAGUCAAAAUCACGGCGUGCUAGUUCCAAAGACAAGGAUCAUGAAUCAAAAGACAAGGACAAAGAGAAGGAGAAAGAAAAACUCGAGAAAAAACCAGAAGACAAAUCAUCUGAAAAAGAUGCAGAAAACAAUGUAGAACCUAUGGCUGUUGAUAUUGAUGAAGCCACUGCAGUGGAGGAAAAGAAACCAGCACACUUAGAAGAUCUCAGCGAUUUUUCCACCUUCACCGAAGAAGAAAUCUCAACGAUAAAAGAUAAAGUUAUAUCGAUAAGACGUAAAUUACACAAAAGCACAGUUGCUGCUGUUACUGCCCGAUGGACCUUUGAAGAGGGCAUUAAACGGCCCUAUUUCCAUGUGAAACCUUUGGAACGAUGUCAGUUAAAGAACUGGAAAGACUAUCUGGACUUUGAAAUUGAGAAAGGUGAUAGAAAACGCAUUUUGGUUCUAUUCGAACGGUGUCUUAUAGCAUGUGCUCUUUACGAUGAGUUCUGGUUGAAAAUGAUCCGCUAUUUGGAAACAAUAUUGGCGGAGCCAGGAAUAGCGACCGUUUUAAGCGAUGUCUAUCGCCGAGCAUGCGAAAUCCAUCAUCCCGAUAAGCCUAGUCUACAUUUGAUGUGGUCCGCAUUUGAAGAGUGCCAAUCGAAUUUCGAUAAAGCUGCCGAAAUUUUGGUAAAUCUAGAGAAUAGGGUGCCUAAUCUUCUGCAAGUUGCCUAUAGACGCAUAAAUAUAGAGCGUCGCCGCGGUGACAAUGACAAAUGUAAGUCAUUAUAUGAGCAUUACAUAGCAACAGCCAAAAAUAAAAAUAUUGCUGGUAGCUUGGCGAUAAAAUAUGCUCGAUUCCUGAAUAAAAUAUGCCUUGAUCUGGAGUCUGGCUUGAGGGUUUUGCGUCAAGCUCUUGAAAAAGAUAAUGCCAAUACACGGGUAGCCUUGCAAAUGAUAGAUCUGGCACUGCAGCGACCAACAGUGGACGAAGACGAAGUUGUUCUGAUAAUGGAUAGGUUUAUGGCCCGAGAAAAUAUUGAGCCGGAACAGAAAGUUUUAUUUGCUCAAAGAAAAGUGGAAUUCCUAGAAGAUUUCGGUAGUACUGCCAAGGGAUUGCAAGAAGCACAACGAGCUCUACAGCUGGCUUUAAACAAAGCCAAUGAAGCAAAGAAGAAACGCGAAUCAAGUCCCAGCCGAAAAUCAACAGGCCACAAAGAUUCCUCCGCCGCAGCCAGUGCCGCACAGGCAGGCUACAAUAAUGGCUCUUCGGGAGCCGCUAGUUACGGCUAUAGCUCUAGCAAUGCUGUAGCAUAUUAUGGUCAACCAAAUAGUGGUUCAUACCCUCAACAGCAACAACAAUCAUCAUAUGAUAGUUACUACAAUCAUUGGCAAUACAAUACGGGUUAUAGCGGCUACGGUCAAUGGGGUGGCUAUACAAAUUACUAUUGAAUAUUGGAAAAUAGUCAUCCCAUUCAUCCCUUAUACAUUGUUGUUGUGGAUAAGAAGCCUACCCGGAAGAUAGUAACAACAGUAGUCGUAAAUUUUACUACACACUAUAAUUAUUAAAUAAUUAUGAUCACGCAUAUUUUCUUUAUUAGUCUCUUAAAAGAAACAUGGAAAAAAUAUAUUUUGGCGCCAGCGUUGCAAAAUACAUAGAAUCAAAGGAACGGAACACAAACUGGAAAAUUUUUAUAUAUAUAUCUCAUAUAUAUUUAAUUUUAACUUUCUAGAAAUUCUAACUGCAAUGACCUCCUCUUGCUUUCUUUUUUGUAUUACGUUUUAUAUGUAUGUAACUAAACCAACAAUCAUCAAAACGUGUUUGCCAACAGUGGAGCAAAAACUUAAAUGAUCCAAGAAUUAUUGUUGUUAUUUGGCACUUUUGAUGUUACUAUUAUUUCCCUUUAUAUUUGACACUACCUAUUACUUGUCUAAGUUUUUCGUUAUUUCCAAAAAAAAAAAAAAAAACAAGAAAAUACAAACUGAAAACUAUUAAUUUUAAUUUUUUGGGGCACAUAAUUUAAUUUGUUGUGUAAACUAUUUACUAC